UAGAUCAUGUGACAAAGCGCGAGUCGAUGACGCCAUCCCUAGGUGCUGCCCCUGGUUACAUGUAGGGAGCGUGUCUCUUUCCGUACGUGGUGACGUAUCACGUCGUGGCCCUGCCAUUGGCAGGCGGGGCAGGUUUGAAUGUUGGCGGUUAAAGCUCCGGGACAAGGAGAAGGACAAAAGGGGCUCGGUUACUAUGGUGACUGGACACAGAAACUGAGGCUCAAGGAAGUGAAGGUUGUACAGCACGUCAUCAUUUUGGGAAUAGGGAGGAGAAAAGCUGGUCAUCUCUCUCUAGAGCCUCAGGGAAGCUAUUGUAAUCUGAAAUGGUGAAAGAGGAUGAGAAAGUCAUUCCUGUGCGUGUGGUACUCCGCUGCCGCCCCUUGGUCCCCAAAGAGAUCAGUGAGGGAUGCCAGAUGUGUCUAUCCUUUGUGCCUGAAGAGCAACAGGUGAUUGUAGGCAAUGACAAAUCCUUCACGUAUGAUUUUGUGUUUGACCCAUCUGCUGAGCAGGAGGAAGUCUUCAAUACAUCUGUUGCCCCUCUGAUACGGGGCAUCUUCAAAGGGUAUAAUGCUACUGUCUUGGCGUAUGGACAGACAGGCUCUGGAAAAACAUAUUCUAUGGGAGGGACUUACACUGCUGAUCAAGAGCAUGAACCUACUGUUGGGGUCAUUCCUCGUGUUAUCAAACUGCUCUUUCAGGAAAAAGAACGGAGGCUGGAAUGGGAAUUCACCCUGAAAGUCUCUUAUUUGGAGAUCUACAAUGAGGAUAUUCUAGACCUGCUGUCCCCAUCUAGAGAACGAUCUCAAAUCAGCAUACGGGAGGACCCCAAAGAAGGCAUAAAGAUUGUAGGAUUAACGGAACGGGAUGUGGCAUGUGCCCAAGAUACCAUCCUCUGUCUGGAGCAGGGAAACAAUUCCAGAACCGUGGCCUCUACAGCUAUGAACUCUCAGUCCUCGCGGUCCCAUGCAAUCUUCACCAUUUCAAUCGAACAGAGAAAGAAAAGUGACAAGAACAGCAGCUUUCGCUGCAAGCUACACCUUGUAGAUCUUGCUGGCUCCGAAAGGCAAAAGAAAACCAAGGCUGAGGGAGACCGACUAAAGGAAGGAAUCAACAUUAACAGAGGCCUCCUAUGCCUGGGGAAUGUAAUCAGUGCUCUUGGUGAUGAAAAUAAGAAGGGUGGUUUUGUCCCUUACAGAGACUCCAAGUUAACACGGCUGCUGCAAGAUUCCUUGGGUGGUAACAGCCACACUCUCAUGAUUGCGUGUGUGAGCCCAGCAGAUUCCAACCUAGAAGAAACCUUAAACACUUUGCGCUAUGCUGACAGGGCGAGAAAAAUAAAAAACAAACCGAUAGUCAACAUUGAUCCUCAGGCAGCUGAGCUAAAUCAUCUAAAGCAGCAGGUACAACAGCUGCAGGUCUUGUUGUUGCAGGCCCAUGGAGGGACACUCCCGGUGUCUAUCAAUAUGAAGCCAUCAGAGAAUCUGCAGUCCCUCAUGGAGAAGAACCAGUCCCUGAUAGAGGAAAAUGAAAAGUUGAGUCGAGGCCUGAGUGAGGCAGCUGGUCAGACAGCCCAGAUGUUGGAGAGAAUCAUCCUGACAGAACAAGAAAAUGAUAAGAUGAAUGCCAAACUUGAGGAACUCCGUCAGCAUGCUGCGUGCAAACUUGAUCUGCAGAAGCUGGUAGAGACUCUGGAGGAUCAGGAGCUCAAAGAGAACAUAGAAGUGAUUCGUAAUCUGCAGCAAGUGAUAGUCCAGUUGCAGGAUGAAAGUGCUGCCUGUGUGGCAGCAUCCAUGGAAGCUGUUGCUGAGAUGGCAAACUCUGAGCAAGAAUCUGACUCUCAAGCAGAAACCAGCCAGGACAGCAAGAGAUCCCCAGAUGCUUUCACCACUCAGCAUGCCCUCCGCCAGGCAGAGAUGUCCAAAGCACUGAUAGAAUUAAAUAAAGCCCUGGCUCUAAAAGAGGCCUUGGCCAAGAAAAUGACCCAGAAUGACAGCCAGCUGGAGCCCAUUCAGUCCCAAUACCAGACUAAUAUCAAGGGCCUGGAGUCGGAGGUGAGCAGCCUGCAAAAAGAGAAGGAAGAGCUGAUCCUUGCACUUCACACUGCAAAGAAGGAUGUUAACCAAGCAAAGCUGAGUGAACGACGCAGGAAAAGACUCCAGGAGUUGGAAGGGCAAAUGAAUGAGCUAAAGAAAAAAUUGAAUGAACAGUCAAAACUCUUGAAGCUGAAAGAAUCUACAGAGCGCACAGUCUCCAAACUGAACCAGGAGAUUCGGGAAAUGAAAAAUCAGCGGGUACAGCUGAUGCGCCAAAUGAAAGAGGAUGCUGAGAAAUUUAGACAGUGGAAGCAGCAGAAGGACAAGGAAGUGAUCCAACUGAAAGAACGGGAUCGCAAGAGGCAGUAUGAGCUGCUUAAGCUAGAACGAGACUUCAAGAAUCAGGCCAAUAUCCUCAGGCGCAAAACAGAAGAGGCAGCAGCUGCUAACAAGCGCCUGAAAGAUGCUCUACAGAAACAGCGUGAAGUAGUGGAUAAACGGAAAGAGAGCCAAAACCGAGGAAUGGAAGGAGCUGCUGCUCGAGUAAAAAGCUGGCUUGCAAAUGAAGUGGAGGUUCUUGUUAGUACUGAAGAGGCCCGACGCCACCUCUCUGACCUUCUGGAGGAUAGAAAGAUCUUGGCCCAGGAACUCCUGCAGCUUAGAGAAAAUAGGGAAGCUGGGGAGACUCCACCUCUAAAACUUCGGAGACGUACAUACUCGGUCGCAGACGUGCAGGCUUCAGAAAUAGACCAUUCCAUCACAAAGCAGAUAGAAAGCCUUGAAACAGAGAUGGAGCUCAGGAGUGCCCAGAUAGCAGAUCUGCAGCAGAAGCUAUUGGAUGCCGACAAUGGAGACCGGGUGAAGCAACGCUGGGAAACUAUUGCAACUAUUCUAGAGGCAAAGUGUGCCCUGAAAUACCUAAUUGGAGAGCUGGUUUCCUCCAAAGUGGAGGAAAGCAAACUUCACAGCAGCCUGGAACAGAGCAAAGCUAAUUGUGCAGAUAUGCAGAAAAUGUUGCUUGAAGAGCGAAACCAGGUGGCAGAUAUAGAGGCUGAGCUCCAAAGUCAGUUGGUGAUGCAGGAGCAGCAACAUCAGGAAAAGGUUCUGUACCUGCUUAGCCAACUGCAGCAGAAAGAAGCAGCAGAGAAGAAGCUGGAGGACUCUCUAACCGAGCAUGAGCAACAGCUACUUGAGCGGCUCAAGUUCCAGGAUGAAGAGCUUGAGAAAAUGAGGGAACUUUGUGAGAAGAACCAAGAGCUUCUCCAGGAGAAUGAAUCCCUCAAACAGAAAUUAAUACUCCACCAAAUUGCCAGCGGACAGAAGCUCCGACACAUUCAGCAAAUGCCGACUCAGUCCCCAGAUUCUCCCUUUGAUUAUAUUCCACCCAAGCCAAAGAUUCGCCGUCAGACAACUGCAAAACCCCGUGCACAGACACCAGAAAUGGAUGUGCAAGAGCUGUUCUCUGAAUCCGAGGAGUCUGGAGGAGAGAUGGAAGAUGCAGAGUGGGUGCCGAUAAAAGCAGCCAAAGGAUCCAAGAAAAGCCUAUCAGGGUGUUCCUGCCGGGGCCGAUGUGGAAACAGGCAGUGUGGCUGCAGGAAGCAGAAGCUAGGCUGUACCGCAGGCUGUAACUGUGAUGCAACAAAAUGUAGAAACCGUGAUUCUGGCCUGCUGGAUGGUCCUAUGAGUGAGAACCAAACAAGAGAUUCUGAAGGAUCCUUCAAACUGGAAGAUCCCACUGAAGUGACUGCUGGGGAGACCUUCUUUGAACCAAUAUGUAUCACUCCAACCAAGAAGGUCCUGAAAGAGAUCGCUGAGCAAGAUGUGUUUGUCAAGAAGGCCAACACAGCUGCACUCUUAAUCAAUGGAGAUGUAGAGUCCCAGGAGAACCAAUUGCCACUAGUGAAGAAAAAAAAGCGAAUGUUGAGUAGUAACACCAGCUUCUUCUCUGGCUGUACCCCCAUCAAAGAAGAGGACAACUGAGGGCAAAGGAGACCUACCCGUGACUUUUAAUGUUACCAUGUUGCACUUCCUUUCCCACCUCAGACACUAACUCUUACAUGAUUAACAGGAUCUAUUGCUACAAAAUAAAGCUUCAGAAGAAACAAGUCUCAGCUGCUGGCCGUGAUAUGGGUGUCAUGGGACAGCAGCUCUCCGUUGGUUGUUUCUCUAGAUCUGCCUGAGCAGAUGUUUGCUGUACCAGAACAAUGGAAGGAAGAGCUACUUUUUCUUUGGAAUAUUUAGUGAGCAGAGUAGACUCCUCUAACCCAUGCAUUCCAGUUGCAUCCUGAACUGUGAACAAUUUUACCUGCAUUGUUCUUAGUCAUUUUGAAUUGGACCGGUUAUUGGCCCCUUUCUUCAAAUGCAGAAAAAGGAAUUCCUGCCCAAGUUGCCAUGUGAGCCCUCAUGGUGCUUUUAUCUCAGUGAGGCACUGUUUGUAGUCUUAAAACUAGCUGGCACAACAAACUUGUCAGUGGGUGUGCUCCCUCUAGGCCACCGGUGCCUCAUUAAUGAAAUGACUCUCACUAGCCCUUGUGUUUGUGAAUAUUAGUAAUUUUAACCUUUUUUUAAUUUUUGUAGCUUUAAUAAAGAAGUAUGAAAAU